AUCAACGGAAGAAUCUUCACCAGCAAACCCAGCUGCUCAGCAAAAUGCCUGCCGUUCAGUCCACUGCCGUUGUCCGACCUUUGACCCACAAGUCCCCGAGGGACUUUGGCGCCGUUAUCACCGGUCUUGAUCUUGAGAAUCUCUCAGAAGCCGAUUUCGCCCUUCUCUACGAUACCCUCUACCGGUACAGCGUCGUCGUCGUGAAGAGCAAAAAGGACCUGUCUGCAGAGGCGCAAUACCAGGUAACGCGCCGCUUCGACCCGGAGUCCCAGACAUACGGACAUGGCACGACACUCGACGCGAAGCGCAGCAUCCUGCAUCCGGACCUGAAGACGGUUCCUCGCCAACCGCAGGUGCAGAUCAUCGGACACGGAUUCAUCCCCAGCUACGAAGGACUGGUGAACUUCCAGCUCCGCCACCCGCACCACAAGACCUUCCACCGGGACCGCAUCCCCGAGGAGGACGACCGCAAGUACACCCGCUUCUACCGCUGGCACAUCGAUGCAGCCCUGUACGAUCUGAACCCACCGCGUGUUACGACCCUGCUGGCUGUCUCCGUGCCCAAGGGACGCCGCCAGAUCGUCCGCUACGAUGACGGCACCGGCGACGAACUCGAGGUGCCACUGGGCACCACAGCCUUCGUUUCGGGCUACGAGAUGUAUAACCGUCUCUCGCCGGAGGAUAGGGAGUUCGUCCGCACCAGCCGCAUUGAGUACGCGCCUCACCCGUACAUCUGGAUGAGCGGCGGCCGCUCCCUCCCCACAGGACUCGGUUUGUACUCGGAGGACCGUGAGCUCCCAGAAUCCGAACUCCCGCCCAUCGAGUCCGAGAAGAUCAAGAUCCUGCCCAUGCUAUGGAAGAAUCCCGUCACCGGCCAGUUCGCCCUGCAGAUCCACCCUUCUGCUAUCCGUCGGAUUCACCGCGCGGACGGGUCGACGAUCGAUGACCUCAAGACCGUCCGCGACAUUGUCUACCGGCUGCAACGGCCGGCUAUCAGCCCCGCGUAUGUCUACCCGCAUGACUGGGAGGAGGGAGACUUUGUCUUGUUCAAUAACCAGGGCGUUCUCCAUACCGUUGUUGGCGCCUUUGCGGAUAAUGAGGUCCGUCUGUUUCGACAGUGUAACCUGUCGGCAAGCACUCCGCCUGUUGGGCCUGAUGUUGAUUAACGUGGUUUGUUGUUUGGCAACCACUUGAUACCUCUGUGACGAUAGUUUCCUGUUCCAGCGUUCGUUUGUAUAUUGCGUACAAGACUUGUUUGUGUUUGCCGAUUGUCUAGUUUUGAUUAGUUCGUAUCUGGAAUAGAUUGCUGCAGCGAGCACAUCGAAUGUUAGGGUUUAUCCAUAUGCAUCUAUCCC